CAGUUUAGUGUUUAACCAUGUGCCAUGUCAGGAGCCAAAGAAAAGGAAAAGGAAAAAAAAAAGCUAAAUCAGAAUGAAUGAUGUGAAGUGACGCAGCUGAUCUAAGAUGAUUCCUUUUUCCUUUGUAAUUUGUUAGGAGUGCCAUGUAAAUUUUGUUUUUUUAUUAAUCACUCCGAGUGAUGAGUGUGGAUGUGAAUGAGAGUGACCACUCUGCCCCUAGAGGCUCCAGCCAUUACUCCAGCCUCCGCCGUGACGUAGCCAACCCACCGCGUUGCCAGAUUGCGCUCGACUCCUCGCGCGAUAUAUCCUUGGAACUACGUUAAAAAGGAAAUAUUACAUGAGGAGUUAACUUCACGUCGACGUUUUUAGGGACGCGUAGAAAUACAAGCAGUCAUUUCGUCCCAAUUCUUAAGACUGUGUUGCAAGAAUUCUGCUGCUUUGAAAGAAGAGGGAUAUUGUGGAGAAUCUGGCAACCCUGGCAGCCCUAGCGAAAGGGCUGAGCGAGUGUAGCAGAGCGAAAAGGCUUUUUCGGGGCAAGCAACCGACUGGCCACUUCACUUGGAUGGAGCUCAGCAUGUUUACCGCGGUUCGCGUUACAUUUUCAACCUAAAAAUUUUUAUUUUUAUUUUUUUUAUAAAUGUUUCACGUACACACGUUGUACGAGCAACACACCAGCGCUAGCUUUAGCUCCUCUCUGCUGUGCUCUGCUCCGUUUCGGCUGUAGGCUGCAUGAUUUCUGUUGUGUUGCUGGCUAGUUUGGCUACAAUGCUAGUUCGCUAGUUAGCUUUGUUGCUAAAGAGAGAAAAAAAAGCCAGAACAGGGGGGGUUAGAGAAAUCAGAUCUGCUUUUAGUGAACUCGGAAUACACCGAAAACUAUCCUGUGCUGCGUUAUUUCUCCGUUGUUUUUGGGUCCCCCCGUACACUAUUGUAGAUAUUAUUAAACGCUCCGUAACCGUUGCGCGUUUGCAGAAAGUGAACGCUGCUUCAUUAUUCUUUUUUUCCUCUCUCUUCUCCAAAUACUCGUUUUUCCCCCCUUUUCAUUUCGUAACUAUUUUCCUUUCUAUUUUUUUUUAAAGAACAAACAACAAUCAAAUGUUGCACCGUUUAACUUUUAAACUCGUCGCAUUUUAAUCGGGACAAAUUGAAAACAUUUAAAAUAUAAUAUAUACAUAUAUAUAUAUUUAAAAAAAAAAAAGGAAAAAAAAAACCCGAACGAUGCUGCGUUCCCUAUCCGGAGCACUUACUAGAGUCAAUCGGUGUUUAUUAAUUCCUUUUGUUUGUUUAGUUUAACGCUUUGCUUGUGGAAAUACAUUUCACAUCCAGUUUAAACAAAACAAACAUUAACUCUUAUUCUAACAUUUUCAGAGUGUUUUAAAUAGUAUUAAAGGUGCAGUCGGUUUUUUUUCUUUCUUUUUUUUCCCUUUUCUUUUCUGUUUUGUUUUUACGCAGCCGCGGUACAUGAUCUCCCACUCGGGCACCUAACUACAUCCCAGUCUCUUAGCACUAGAUAUCAUUUGGUUUUGCGAUUUGGGAGCUUGUAUUUUUUAUUUUGAAAGCCUGAAAGCAUGGAUGAUCAUCAGACCCGCAUGCUGUCGGGACUAACCGGGCUCGGAGGACUCGGUCAGGGCGACCCGAAUGACCCGGAUCCGGUCCGGAAGCAGCAGGACAUCGGGGACAUCCUGCAGCAGAUCAUGGCCAUCACUGAUGAAAGCCUGGAUGAGGCCCAAGCCAGAUGCUGGCCAGAGGAGGGACGAGGCGACCCCACACAGGCAGGGGGAGCCGGGGGGAGCGCGGCAGGGGGGGAAUGCACCCUGCCGCUCGACUUCCAACACAGAAAACACGCGUUGAACUGCCACAGAAUGAAGCCUGCUCUCUUCAGCGUGCUGUGUGAGAUCAAAGAGAAGACGGUGUUGAGCAUCCGUGGCGUGCAGGAGGAGGAUCCACCCGACCCCCAGAUCAUGCGUCUGGAUAACAUGCUGCUGGCCGAGGGAGUUUCCGGUCCCGAGAAAGGCGGCGGAUCGGCGGCGGCCGCGGCGGCCGCGGCGGCCGGAGGAUCGCCGAACGACGGCAGCGUGGAGCACUCGGACUACAGAGCCAAACUCGCUCAGAUCCGCCAGAUCUACCACUCCGAGCUGGAGAAAUACGAACAGGCCUGCAGUGAAUUCACCAACCACGUGAUGAACCUGCUGAGAGAGCAGUCACGCACGAGGCCCAUCUCACCCAAAGAGAUCGAACGCAUGGUGGCCAUCAUUCACCGCAAGUUCAGCUCCAUCCAGAUGCAGCUCAAGCAGAGCACCUGCGAGGCCGUCAUGAUCCUCCGCUCGCGCUUCCUCGACGCCAGACGCAAGAGACGUAACUUCAAUAAGCAGGCGACGGAGGUGCUGAACGAGUAUUUUUACUCGCACCUGUCCAACCCGUACCCCAGUGAGGAAGCCAAGGAGGAGCUGGCCAAAAAGUGUGGCAUCACUGUGUCUCAGGUCUCUAACUGGUUCGGCAACAAGAGAAUUCGGUACAAGAAAAACAUCGGUAAGUUUCAGGAGGAAGCGAAUCUGUACGCCGUAAAAACAGCCGUGGACGCAGCCAACGUUUCUGCACAGGCCAGCCAGGCAAACUCCCCCGCCACACCCAACUCAGGUGGAUACCCAGCGCCGUGCUACACACCUGACGGCCGGCUAUGAGGAGCGGUCAGGAAGUGCCCUUUACACCCCACACUGCCUAGACGCCAACAGCAGCUGGCAGGAAAACCCCAUCACUCCUCCACCCAGACAUCCCAGCAGCACCCAAUCACAACCCUCCAACUGAGAGAGACACAGUAACACACAUGUGCACACACGCACACACACACACACGCACACAGGACCUCAGCGCUUCCACCAGCCCAACUCCACUUCCUCCUCGGACUCGUCUUUCGUUUUACAAGCUCUCGGCUACAACAUCUGUAUCGGCCCGCCCGUGCACACACACACACACACACACACACACACACACACACACACACUCUUCAAGUUUGGACUUCACUGGACAGUCAUCCAGGAGCCUUCACUCGGCCCUUCCUGAGGCUGAAACAAAGGAAAAGGAAAAAGAAAGGUCACACGUCAGAGUGAGAGAUGUGUGUGCGUGCAAGAGAGAGCCCUCACACACACACGCGCACACACACACACACACACGCACAUUUACUAGGACGGCUACAGUGAAGACCACAUAGGAUCCUCCUUCCUGCCUGCUUCGAUAUGAACCAAAAUGCUGCCGAGUGUCGUGCGUUUGUCGGUCCGAGAACUGCCUCGGACAGCUGCAGCACGUAAAUCUCUCCCUCACACACACACACACACACACACACACACACACACACACAGGUUCUCCUCAGUCCUCGUGUUCAUUCGCUUUUCGGACGCUGUAUACUUCACAGCUGCCUACGUCAAUAAGGUCAUCGGUUCAUCCUAAGGAGAACGCUCACAUGCGUUUAUUCUCGGUUUCCGUCUUCCUGUGUUUCCAAAAAUACAAAAAAAAUUAUAUAUAUAUAUCUAUCUCUCACUGCUAAGCACAACUGUUCAGUGUCAUGACGUUUUAAUCCCGGAGGAAUGGAGGAGAAGGUGGAGGGGCAGGUCUGUACUGUAGCAGAGGGGACAGACAUUUUAAUCACACACCCGCGGGCUCGAUUCCUCACCGGCCUUUGUUUUGUUUUGUUUUGUUUUGUUUUGUUUUUUUAAACAAGAUAUUUUCUUUCUGUUUAAAUAGCUUAGCAGCUUUUAAUAGCUCCUCCUCCUCCUCCUCCUCCUCCUCCUCCUCACAGUGUAGAGUUAAAUAUAACGGCUUUCCAUCAUGUGUGAGAAAGCGAGCUGUGGUUUAAGCUUGGGCCACGUUUUUAUGGUUAAAAUUUUUUUGUUUGUUUUUUUUUUUUCCCUCCCCACUUUCUUUUCUUUUAAAAACGAUAAGAAAAUAAGUCUUCCAUCCGUGCAUGUUAAUUCCUGAAGACUAAUUCCACCGAGUCCUCGUGUAGCUUGUCAGUUUUUAUUUUCCUUUCCAACGAGUGAACAUUGCAGAAUAGAGAGAAUGUAACGGAACGACAGACCAAAAAAAAAAAACCAAAACACACACACACACACACGCACACAGAGAGAGAGAGAGAGAGGCUCUCCAAGCCAAGAUGCUCAUCAGCUUUCGAGUUGCACCAGAGCUUCGGAGGCUGCGUCGAGCCGACUGUGUUCCUCCAAACCGAUUUUAAAAAAAAAAAAAUUAUUUUUUUUUAAAUGUAUGUGGAUGGAAGUAAAGAAGAAGAGAAAACCAGAGAAAGUGCAGCAGGUUUUGAUUUGAAGCUCUUGUAUGAUGUGUGCUGAUUUUUUUGGGGGGUCUUGUUCCACUUUAUAUCUGAUUGUAUCUCUCUCUACAUCCGAUCGAAAGCAUCCGUACGUGAUGUUAGCAUGCCACAUCCCAUUUAAAAACACACACACACACACACACACACACACAAAUUCUUUCUUUAACCUGUCUGAGCAACAAGGGCUUCUUUUUGAAGUUGAACCAAAUAAGCGUGUGGUGGUUUUAAAGUCGGUGGACUGCAGCACACGCUGAGGACGGAGACAUUAAACUCGAGGAUCGCUUUCCCGACACCGCGAAGCGCGGGAAAAACGGCAGGACGUGGUGUCUGGUGGCUGUUGUGGGUUUUGUUUUUUUUUGUUUGUUUGUUUGUUUUGUUUUUUUUAAACACGUCUCUCUCUCUUUCUGUCUUUCUCUCUCUUGCUCUUUCUUCAUCCCUCCUCGUUUUUUUUUUUUUUCCCCUCUCUCCCUUUAACACUGACCAUGGGAGCUCCCGGGGCAUCCUGAUGUAUACGAAUGGAAAUUGUUACACAAUGAACUCGACACCUGAAAUGUAAGAUGGGUUUUGUUUAUAUAUAAAAACCACACACACACACACACACACACACACACACACACACACACACACACUCGGACACGACUCGAAAAUGACCUUUUUACCCACAUCUGUAUAGAUUAAUGUUACUUACUAGGCUACAUUUCAGCUGGCUGGCUUUUCUUCUAACUAAUGCUAUUACUACACCAAAAUAUUUUUUUAUUAUUAUUAUUAUUAAUAAUAAUAAUAAUAAUAAUAAUAAUACUUGUUUUUUUUCCUUCCUCCCUUCCUCCUUUUUGUACUCGUCAUCAACGGAUGUCAUUGUACAGAUUGUGGAAUGUUUAAGUGUAUUUCUCUUUUUAUAAAAUGUACACGUUUGAUUUUAAUUACUUGUUUGUUUGUUUGUUUUUCCUCUCGACUUUACUCCACUUAUGACCUGGAGUGUUUGUAUUUUGUAUUUGUAAUGUUGUUGAGUUUGAUUUUGGGUUUGUUUAUUUUCUUUUUUGGGUUUUUUUUUUUUUUUUUUUUUGGUUAUUAUUGUUGUUUAUAAUUUUUUUUAUUAUUAUUUUAAAUCGGUUAUAUUUGUGUUUGGUGCAGUGAAUUUAUUAUCAUUUUUCCCCCCCUCUUCUUCCUCCCUGAAUUAAACCAGCUGUGCAUAUUUGCGUAUCUUCCAGCUGGCAUCUGUCGGAAAGGUCACAGGGUUUCUUACGGAGAGUGUCGUCUUCUAGAAGCUUCGCAACACGACAAAUAGGCGAAAGAUUACAUCUCCGGGCGCGGGCCGGAUUUUUGCGUGUUUACGAGCGUGUUUGCUCGCUCGACAGGAGAUCCAGCCUCCCGGCAACUCCUCCGAGCAGCUCAGGCCUCUCUUUUUUUUUUUUUUUGGGGUCCUUUUAAGAAGUCUUUUGUGCAGCUGCCAAGCGUGCGACGCUUCCAGUCCUGAAACUCUCACAUUGUUUACGAAGGCUGUAAGCCCUCGUCGUAGCUGCGGCAUGAGCAGACAUGUUCACCGCCACAAACUGCCCUGACAUUCUGGAGUUACGCUACAUUGCUGGAAUUACUUGGAGCUUCUCACCUGAGUGAGCGCGCGGGAGACAGAGAGGGAGAGAGAGGGAGAAGUCCGACAUCCUGUUUACACCUGGGCCUUUUUGUGCUUCUUGAGUGUUGGAUGGAUUUUAUCCAUUAUUUCUGGAUUAAAAUCUAAGCAUAACGAGCUGAUUUGUAGAAUAAUGCAUGAAUCUGAUUUGAACAGAUUGCCUCGUCAUCAGUUUAUUUAAUCCUGACUCACAUCGUGACACGGAUUCAGAAAGUGAGACGCCUGACCCACAUUCAGUUCCUGGCGAGAUCCUAGACGAACCCUCGUUUCCGUACACACGGUCACGGGGGAAAAGAAAGAAAAAAAAAAAAAAAAGAGCUCGCGGCCAGGUCAUGUGACCAGAUGACAUUUCGCUGCACCGAAAACAAAUGAAACAGAUUUGUGGUUUUGUUAACGUACUAUAUACAUUUUUUUUUUCUUUCCCUCUAGAACUGUAGUAUAUCCUUCCUUCCUUCCUUCUUUCCUUCCUUCCGUCAUCACUCCUCCUUUUCUCUACCUCUCCCCUGUUCUCUCCAUUUCUCUUGUAUAUAAAACCCUGCCAUUUUCAGACUUGUUAGUCUGGUAUGAACUCCUUUUAUACCUCAACUUUAGAACUGUUCUAGUAAGAGAGAAAAAGAAAAAAAAAGAAGAAAAAAAAAAACACAAAGGAAAUAUGAGAAUUGUAGUGUUCCUUAUUAGAAAAUUGAAAACUAAUAAAAUAAUCUAGUGUGCUUUUGA